CACGCUGCGUAUCGGCAGCACGCGACGACGACGCCGACGACGGGACGGCGCCGACUCCCCCAGGGCGCGCACCACCAGCACCGACCGCCCUGAUCCAGUCGCCUACCCGAGUAGUAGCUGACCUCGGGAACGCCCUCCCCCUCUUCAUUUAUCGCCUCGCCCCUCAGUCGCGCGGCCGACGCCGCCUCCAUCGACCAUGGUCGUCUACUCCUUUUACAUCUUUGACCGGCACAGUGAGCAAACCGCCCCAAUAGACCACCCUCUCCCGGUGCGAGAUGUGGUGCAGGCACGGAGACACAGAGAUUCACAGAGAGAGAGAAAGAGCUGACACGGCGGUUCUCAACCUACCUACAGCCGAGUGCAUCUACGCCAAGUCGUGGCUCCCGCCGCCGCCGCCGCCGCCGCCGCCGUCCGCCCGCCCGACAUCAGCAUCGUCUGCCUCUGCUGCAGCGACAGCAUCAUCAUCGUCAUCAGCAACGACAACGACAGCAGCAGCAGCAGCAGCAGCAGCGGCAACAGCGCCGGCGGCGCGGUCGACGGGGCCGGCCGCCGUGUCGGCAAGCUCAGACGACGCCAAGCUCGUCUUCGGCACCGUCUUCUCGCUGCGCAACAUGGUGCGCAAGCUGGGUGGCGACGACGACGCCUUCAUCAGCUACCGGACGGGACAGUACAAGCUGCACUUUUACGAGACGCCCGCCAACCUGCGCUUCGUCCUGCUCACCGACACGGGGAGCGCGAGCAUGCGCAACGUGCUGCACCAGAUUUACAUUAACCUCUGGGUCGAAUACGUUGUCAAGAAUCCACUCGCGCCGGUCGAGCACAAGGGCGGUGUCGGCGUCAGGAACGAGCUGUUUGAGCUGGGCGUGGAUCAGUUCAUUCGAGGACUGAUGUGACGGAUUGGCGGCGGAAAAAAAAAAGACCUCCUGCACGUCAAGUAGGUCGCAAGGGGGGGUUUUCCCCGGAGGGAGCCAAAGAAGCUUGCUCUGCCUCUGAGGAGCAGCACCCUUCAUGACGGCGCUGUCGUGGCGCGGCGUCGCUACCUAGAAGUCGCGGCCGGGGUCGUUGACCGCGCCUCCUCUACCGGGAACUGUACGAUGAUCACAUGGAUGGCACGAUUAGGCGACAUGCUCUAGCCUCGACCGCAGAGCACGACACCAGUGCGGUUGGUCGCUCGUGCGAGAUGUUGUGGACGACACCGCAGUGCGGUCACGAGAACAGGCACAUGGAAUUGCCCCCAGAACAGGAGGCUGCUCGCUUUACGGGUCCUAGUACUAGCCCCUCUGCGAGGGCAACCGCACGGCUGGCUGCUGAGGCAACCGACUGUAUAGGC